AUGCCUCUGGUCAUCCUCCCCACCUCUCAGCUGCUCUGGGUGCGGCUGGUGGCCCUAGUUUUCACCUGCAUCGCCUUCAGCGCGGUCGCCCAUGGGGGGGCAUUGUACAGUGGCGGAAUGGCCGACUGGUGCAUCUUCUGCUGGGCUUUCAGUUUCGCCUGCACCCUUCUCGUACUCUUGGUGGAACUCUUUGGCCUCCAGGUCCGUGCCCCCGUCUCGUGGACCAACUUCCCCAUCACUGUCGCCUGCUACGCCGCCCUGCUCUGCCUCUGCGCAUCCGUGAUCUUCCCGCUUUAUUUCCUAAAAGGCGCCAACAUACACAGUGAAGCUAGGGACCAUCGCAUUGUCUCGACCGUUUUCUCCUGUCUGGCGGCGGUGGCGUACAUGGCCGAAGUGAGCCUAAGCAAAGCCAGACCGGGAGAAGUGACUGGCUACAUGGCGACCGCCCCUGGCCUGCUCAAAGUGUGCCAAACAUUUGUGGCUUCCGUGAUUUUUAUUCUUGUCAGCAACCCGGUAUCGUACGAUUACCAUGCUGGUUUGAAAUGGUGCAUGGCAGUCUACUGCAUCUGCUUCAUCCUCUCCAUGGCGGUGGUGAUACUGUGCGUUGGGGAGUUGACCGGCUGCCUCCCCAUCCCGUUUUCAAAGUUUCUAUCCAUCUACGGGCUGCUGGCUGUUGUCAUGUACUUGUCAGCCACGAUCAUUUGGCCCGUGUUUCAGUUUAAUAAGCAGAACCAAUACCGCGGCAACAGGACCAAUCUGAUCUCCGUGUCUGUCCUCACGGCCCUCAACUUUUUGUUGUAUCUCGCAGAUCUCGCCUACUCCGCCAGGCUCGUAUUUACGCAACACACGACCUCCGACACACCCGAGACCUCCGACAGCUCCGAGACCCGAGAACCACCCGCUAUGGCAUCCGCUGCAGAAGACAGGACGGUUGUGCUCCUCGGAAAGACCGGUUCUGGGAAGAGUAGUCUGGCCAACACCAUAUUUGGAGAACAAUUAUUUACAGUAUGCCACUCUCCCACCUCUGGAACUGUAUUAUGUCAGUCUGAGGUCAGAAAUCUGCACUGGAGAAGAGUCCAGCUGGUCGAUACACCAGGGCUGUUUGACACCAACCAAGAUUCCCCUGAUUUUAAAAAAGAAAUCCUCAAAUCGAUGAUCAAGUGUUCUUCCGGAGUGCACGCAUUUCUCCUGGUGCUUAAAGUGGAGAGGUUCACCAAGCACGAGUUAUCUGUGGCUGAAAUCAUCUGCGAGCAAUUCUCCAAAGAGGUUCUGAACCACAGCACAGUGGUCUUCACUCAAGGAGACCAGUUGGAUGAGGGGGUGACUAUAAAGGAAUGGAUCAAAGAUAACAAAGCCCUGAAGAGGCUGGUUGAGUUGUGUGGAGGCCGCUGUCAUGUGUUUGAUAAUAAAUAUUGGAAGUCUGGUGACAACACCUACAGAAGCAACAAGUACCAGGUCCAAGAGCUGCUCAAAACCAUCGAUCAGACGGUGGAAAAGAAUGGAGGGAAAUGCUACACCAAUGAAAACCUUAAACAAGUGCAACGGAAACUGAAAGAAGAGAGAAAGGCAAUCAGAUCAUCACCUCAGUACGCCCACCUGCCAGAGGAGGAGAAAGACCAGAAAGCUGAAGAAAACACUUUUAGUUUUUUUUGGCCCAUGGUGACUGCUUUGAGUGUGGUGGGAGCACUUCUUGGAAACAUCACCCUGAUCGAUACUCCAGGGGUCUUUGACACGGACCCCAGAAGCACCGAGGAGGUCCCUGAGCUCCUCAGGUGCAUUCUGGCAUGUUCCCCUGGCCCUCAUGCCUUUCUCCUGGUCCUCAAAAUGGAGAGGUACACGACACAGGAGCAGGCCGUGGUAAAUGUUAUACUGAAGUAUUUCUCUGAAGAGGCUCUGAAGUACACCACGGUGGUCUUCACUCACGGCGAUGAGCUUCCAGAGGGACUCACACUUCGUCGGAACAACCAGCUCCAGCUCUCAGACCUGCUCGACACCAUCGACUCAACCGUGCGAAAUAACAACGGGAGACAUUACACCAACGACAUGUUGAUAAAGUUCCGUGAUGAUCUGCAAAAAGAGGUGAAACGCAUUCAACGUAGAUUCCCACAGUACACUUAUCAAGAAGUUGUUCAGGAAGCUAAAAAUGUGGUGUGCAGUACCCUGGUGACAAACAUGAAAGGUGCAGUGGUGGGAAUGGUUAUCGGGGCGUGGUUGGGAUCAGGAGCGAUGGUGAAGGUCAUGGUGAUGCCUUCUCCAGAUUUGCUUCAGUACGCGGCUGCCUCAGGGGCAGCGCUCAUGAUGUUACCCUCAGGGGCCAUGGCGGGUGCACUGCUGUCGGACAAAUAUGUCUCCCUCACAGAGGCGGCUCGAGACACCAGAGAAUUGCUAGACGAGAUAGUCCUCAUUUGGAACAAUAUACAGUCUUUAGGCCUACGUUAA